ACUCGCAAAAAAUCCAAUGCCUUCUGAAACCUUUGGAUUUCCAAAGAUUUCAAGAUAUUCUGGAAAAUCUGGACUUAUUCUUGGCGGACGGUACAUACAAUGACCAUGAUGAUCAAUCGCCCUAUGCAUUGGAGUCAUUUCUUGCCUCGAUUCUUCAAUCACUCCUUCGCUGCCAUGACUGCAAUGGUCUUGAUGAAGUAAUUACUUUUAUUGAAGACAACGCGGAUGAGCUUCUCCCGAAAGAAUUGUCGAUGAAGGAAAAAAGGACCCAGAAAUUAACCCUGCUACAGUUAAUCAACGAGACCAGAGCCACCCAUAAAAAUCUGACUUCCUGUCCCGAAAUAAUUAAUUCAGACAUCAGUACCACCUCAUUCCCCAAGCUUUUACUUCUCCUCGAAGAAAAUUUCCUGGUAAAAAUUCAACUGACAAUAUUCGACUGGAAGACUUGCAAAUUGUCCGUCCUCUCAAAUUUUCAAACAUCACAAAACAACGAUGAAACUCCAACACCUCAUCAAAUCGUCCUACUCAACCACGAAAACGAGUUCCGACUCAUUUCCACCCGGAAGGACUUAUUUCCUAUGCCGGAAGAAUACUGGGACAAUUUACUGUACCAAAUGGGAGAAAAGGCAGAGAUUUUGAACGCACUUUUAAAAGAUUUGAAACAACCCUUCCAUUCCAAUGGGGAACCCUUUAAGCCUGAAGUAUUCAUCGAAAACAAACUGGAAAUCGAAUUGCCCUCGAUCGAAACAAUUGCAGGAUUUAAACAACUAAUUUCCACGAUGGAUGAGUCCGAAGAAUUUAAUAACUUGCCCUUCCUCUCCAAACUAGUCGAAGAAGAAGAAUACAUCAAAACCAGUGGAUCAUACUCGCAUCGAAACUUGCUCACCGAGAUGAAACGUUUAUACGUCGAGAGUAUGAAAGAAGCCUGCAAUUUAUUCUACAUGGAAAAAACGAGUCAACAAAAUGAGGAAAUAGAGGCAACAAAGCUAAAGAAGCAACUUAUCCAGCAGGAAAUCGAUGAGGGAAAUUUAGAAAUUUUAAAACUACAGGACAAAAUUAAAAGAAAGGAAAUCCAGUCAAAAAAUCUUGCCAAAAAUUUAGCCGACAGUUCCGCAACGGAUGCCGAACUUAAUGAAAAACUCCUCAGUUUGAAAUGUAGAGCGGCAUUUCUUGCCUUUCAAAAAUCACUGCUCAAAUUGAAGCCCACCUGCGACAUGAUGAUUAGAGGAAAAUUAAACGCAAAGAUAAAGAAAAUGAACGACUUCAGCUCCAUCUGCCGCUUAAUCUUGGAAGAAUAUGAGAUUAAUUUUGAUAACGUGGAUUCUUUACUAUCAGAGAAAAAUCAAUCGCCUGAAAAUAUUUCGAGUGUGUUGGAAAUUUUAGAAAAUUUGUACGCCCCGCCAAUAUCCGUGAUCAAGAGGGGUUCCAAGGGACAAAAAAUUCUAGAAUUUAACGGCCGCAAUAUCGUCCUAAGUCAAAUUUUGGGGCAGAUAUCAUCCUCCCACGUGCAAGAGGUACAGAUUAUUUCUACCAGCCAAUUAUUCUUGGAUGUCGAUAUUACCCUCCGGCAAAAAUAUUUGUCUCCUGUCAGACGCCAUCUAUGUUGAAGGCUGCCAUGUAGUGAUUAAUGUCUCCGGAGUGGAUGGCCGCCCCUUGGAAUCACCGCCAAACGCGGACAAUGGCAAGUACGCCGGACGAGACGGCUACGAUGGGGCUGACGGACAGGCAGGAGAAUCGGCGGGAAACGUUUAUAUGAGAUGUCGCCAUCUCGUGAAUGCCGAAAACCUGGAGAUCCUGGCAAACGGCGGGAACGGGGGGCACGGCCAGACUGGCGGUGAUGGACAGAAUGGCAGCGAGGGAAACGAUGGUGAAGACGGGAAGCUCCCGAACGGUUGGUUUGACGGGGUCAAGAAUUACUUGAAUUGGUAUCGAAUAGAGCGCGGGACUGAAGGGAGACCGGGCGGACGUGGGGGUAACGGGGGAAAGGCAGGCUUGGGCGGGAAGGGUGGAAAGCAAGGGGGAAUUACAGUCAUACCUGUAUCUGCGGGGGAGACGGUGGUCAAAAAUGCUAAGAAUGGAGACCCAGGAAAAGACGGACGUAACGGAAAAGGUGGCAGCGGCGGGACCGGUGGUCGAAACGGGGUUGAUGACGGGGUCGCUCAUCAAGGCUCGUGGUGCCCCUUGUUUGACGGACGGACCUGGGGAAAAGGCAAACUUGACAAGAAAGAGUACCGAAGAUGGUAUGGAUUUGCCGGGUAUGAAUUAGUAUUCGUCAAGAGUGAAGCGGAAGUUCGAAAAUCCCGGGCAACCCAUGGAAAUCGUGGUCAAGAUGGAGAGUCGGCAAGCAAACAGAGUCACUCCAGACAGAGUCCGGCAUCCAAACAUGCCAUUGAUGAAGUGCAACUCACCUCACAAUUUAUGACAGCCAUGUCAAACAGCGGGGUUCAUGAUGACCAAGAAUUAGACCAAAUGGCGAAAGAAAUUCAGGCAGAGACGAAAAAGGCGAACCAAACGAGACAACAAAUUAACCAAAAUUCGAAAGAAAUGCGGAAAGAGCUUCAAAAUUUGGAAAAUGAGACACGCAUCGCACAACAAGAGCAAAAUCAAGCCGAGGCAAAUGUCGAGGCUCAGAACGAGCUUUUGGAGGCAGAACAAGCAAACCUAGAAAUGUCACAAGCCGUCCUCAACAAUAUGUUAAAUCAGAGAAAGAAAGUCUUGGAAAUGGUGGAUCAAGCCGAAUCCUCUAUGAAACAAGAGAGCUUGCAAGUUAUCGAGCAGCAGUCGCGUCAGGCAACCGUCCUGCGACAGGUAGAUGGCGAUAGUCUCGUUCCCAAAGCUAUCCCCGCCCCACAAGUAAGCGACGCAGGUCCAAUUCACAAAACAGAAGUGGUACAAGACAAAUUCGGAUUUACAACGUGGCAACUUCAAAUUUUGGAGAAUAGUGUCGCCCUCAUGUCAAAAUUAGAGAAAUUAACCACAGUUGGGGAAGGUUACAAAGCGGCAGCUUCAAAGAAAGUCAAAUCCCUGCUAAGUUUCAGAUCUGGCAAGAAAACAAUGACUGUGACGGAAAUGCUGGAUAUUUUUGACACUGGAAAAAAUUUGACUACGCUGGACAGCCUGCUGCAAAGCGUGCAAAUAAUGGGCGAACUUGCUAAAAUUGAAACUCCAGGAGUUGAAAUUCUUGUAGAUAAUUUGGACACAAUAAUUACUCGACAUGCGGAGGCAAUCUUAGUCAAAAAAUUUCAAGAGAUCAAUGUAAACAUCGAUUCUAAAGGAAUGAUUGUUGCGGCGCAUUCGAUUGAAUCCGCCGUUAAGAAUAUUGUCCCGCUGAGAGAAAAGAGCGCAAAAGAAGGGGCGACCCCUAUUCACUUUGUUCACGUUGUCGCCAUGUUGUUGGAGACCAUGACAAGUAAGGAAUUCAGGGAGGUGAGCAGUGAGGAAGUUGCACAUCACGUUAUUCUCAGGCUUACCGGGUUCAUUAAGAAGAAAUCGGAGGAAACAUUUCGGAGGUGAUGUCGAAGAUAAUCAAGCCCACCAUGCAAAGAGAUAUCAUUCAUGACAAAGAUGCAUUACCCAUCCUCUUGCACAUUUUACCCUUCCUUAACCUCAAGCUGGAAGAAGUGGACGCCCUUAA